AUGGUGUUGUUAGUGAAACGCUUCGUGCUCAUCCUCUUAUCGAUUGUUUCAGUUCGCUCAUCCGAAAAUUUGGAAAAUAGGACAGCGGAAGAGCCUGAAAUUCCAGAUGUCGAUGAUCCGCUGAAAACCUGCCCCGGGAAGGAUGAAAGGAAAUUUUAUGAAGACCCCAUUUCUUGUCUAAUCCGUCGAUCCGAAAUGGCGACAAAGCAACAUGUGGGAAUUCUCGUGGCUUAUGGCUCCAGUGAAACGUUAGAACUCCAAUGCCAAGUGUGUAGUGGUGAACGAUUAUCAAGAUUUAAAUGGUUCAAAGUCUCCCGCUCGAAGCCCGGUAAGCCAAUGAUCUUGGUUGAAGAUAGGCUAGACAACAAACACUGGGUUCUCGACAAAUCGAUGCUUGAGGAAGUGAUCAGUGAACAAGUCGGGCCCAAAAAGUACAACCCUUGUCUGUGGCGUAAAACCAAUACUCUUCACUUUGACGAUUUUCAGGUGCCACAGGACUUGGGCACCUAUGUUUGCAUGCAUACGCGAUCGGCCACUCACGCUGUCAACAAUAUUUGGUACCAUGUGGACACCAUCUUACCUUAUGCGCAGUUUGCUGACCCUGUUGACUUGCCAGCCAAACAUCAGAUGCAUAGUAGAGUAGAAUCAUUGUCUCAAAUUCGGACACUUCAAGAAACACUGGAUCAUGAUUUGGCUGUAUUGCCGGAUUUUGUAGACAUGUAUUUUGAUACGCUGCAAAUCACCUCUCGUUUGUUCAACAAUCUACCCAGGUCAACUCAGUGUGGUGAGGUUCCCGUUCGCUCAGAUCGUGCCUGCUUCGUGCGCAUUCAGCCAGAAGUGAUGUCCCAAUUGCAAUUCGCGGACGAACCGAAUAAAUUAAUCUACAAUGUCCUACGACAUACGUUUGAAUUUCUCAUUAAUUACCAGCUGGCCACGGAGAGCAGUCAGCGAGUGGUACGUCAGGAAGCGGCCAGAAGAAAGGCCGCUGAACUCGGAUUUUACAUGCAAAUCAACGAUACGGAAAUAUAUGUUCCUUGCACUUACACACUGUUCAAACAUCUACCCGACCUGGAUGGGGCGUUCAAUCCGCUUGGCAAAAGGGGACUGUAUUCUGAGAUGGUCUACGACUUUGCUUGUCCAGAACUAGACCCAAUGGAUUUGAUCAACUUGGCAUUGGAACGAGAUGUCACCAGGAUGAAAGUUCAAAUGCUCGGACUGACGGAUGUCCGCUUCAUGAAAAUCGAGAAGGUCGGCGUGGAAGGGAAGGCAUUUCUACGCAUAUCAUGUAAUUUGGAUCCCCAGGCGAAUUGCUCCGGCUGGAGAAGUGACGCUUUGUGGAAAUUUAAGUCCGAGGUAUCCUUCCACAGACGAACCAUGAUGAAUGAACGAAUCUAUAUGAGCGAAAACUGUGAUCUGGUUAUAACCAACCUAGAACGCAAUGACAGUGGGAACUACGAGUGUUUUGUGCGUGAUCCACGCAACCCAGCUGCUUGGCAGCGUGUUCCCCACAUUGCCUAUCGCGUUUCUGUGGAAAAGGCUACUUACAAAUGGCCUGAAGAGUCAGAUCUCCUAAUCGGGAUAUUCAUCCUCAUCACGUGGUCUGUGUGUAUUUGUAUUGCUUGGACGUGUCUGAUGGGUUACAAUUACCAUGUGUAUACAGCUGCGCUUGUGAUUGCAGCGGCCAGACAAAAACAGUUAAAAGAAGCUUUGGGGGAAGUGAUUUCGCAAGACGAUGGAGCUAUGCCUCAAGAAGAGGAUGACGGAGUCGCCAUGGAAACAUGGGAAAAUGAUGAAGUGCAGCAAGACGUGGAGGACACUGCGGAAACGGAAGAGGAAGACGAGGUGGUUUCAGAAGACUUAUCGGAAGUGGAACCACCGGAUGAUGAAUACAGUGGUCCUGAAAAGACUUCGUCCGUUGAAGCCUAG